UGUUAUAUUAGUUUCGUGUCAGGCCCUAUUGUUUUUACGUACUUUACCUUUUGUUGGUCUUUUACCAUUCAGAUACAUCAGUGUUUCCAUUGCUGCAGGAGUAAUGGCAAAACUGAUAUCCAGUCUUUUCAUGGUUCUGGUUUUAUCUUAUUUGAGUAACAGAGUAGAUGGAAAAGUUCCUUCAAAAGAAACUCUUGAGAAUGUUGAUAGGAAAUUAAAGCUGCUUAAUAAGCCUGCAGUCAAGAGUAUACAGAGUGAAGAUGGAGAUAUUAUCGAUUGUGUUGAUAUCCACAAACAACCUGCUUUUGAUCACCCUGCAUUAAGGAAUCACGUCAUCCAGAUGAGACCCAGUUUUGAUUUACAGGAAGACAAUUUAAGCAUAAAAAAGGAGUCUUCCAAGCAAGUGGUAACCCAAACUUGGCAAAGAAGUGGAAGCUGUCCAGAAGGAACUGUUCCCAUUCGCAGAAUGCGAAGGCAGGACUUACUGAGAGCAACUUCUCUUGAGCAAUUUGGAAGAAAACCCCCACAAGUUUUCUUUCCAUCAAACAGAACAAAUCAGGGAGAUGGUAGCUUCUCAUAUAUUAACAAAACCAAAGCCACACUUGGUCCAAACCUUAAUCGCUCUAUUAGAAAGUUUUAUUGCCAAUUGCCCAAUGCCUUCAGAGUUCAGAGUCUUUUGACAACUACUGGAACAUCUGCAUUUCUUCUUACACUUGGAUACAACUACAUAGGAGCCAAAGGAGAAAUAAAUGUUUGGAAUCCAAACGUUGCUUCUCCAGACGAUUACAGUACUGCUCAAAUAUGGAUGAAAGGAGGGCCUGGUGACGAUUUUGAAAGCCUGGAAUCAGGAUGGGUGGUAAACCCAAAAUUAUAUGGUGACAAACGGACUCGAUUUUUUGCAUACUGGACUACGGAUGCAUACAAGAAAACAGGUUGCUUUGACCUCACGUGCAGUGGCUUCGUGCAAACGAGCCGCGAUUUUGCCCUUGGAGGAGCCAUUGAUAGCUGGUCCAGCAAGUCUGGACGACAGUAUUAUAUCACUGUUGGCAUAUACAUGGAUCCAAAAACAAGCAAUUGGUGGCUAAAAUACGCGGAUGAUAUAACUGUUGGGUACUGGCCUGCCGGAAGCCUCAUGUUUUACUUGAAUCACAGUUCAACAUUGGUUCAAUGGGGAGGAGAAGUUUACAGCCCUAAUGUGUUUAAAACUCCUCAUACCAAGACUGCCAUGGGAAGUGGAGAAUUUGCUCGGGGUCUAUUUGGUAACGCAUGUUACAUCAACAAUGUUAGGAUUGUAGACUAUUCUCUAUCUCUCAAGUACCCUGAGUGGGUGGACACCUGGUCUGAUGAAGAUUACUGCUACUCUGCUUAUAAUUACAUAGAAAGAUAUGGAGUUUACCCAGUUAUUUACUUCGGAGGUCCUGGUCAGAAUCACCUUUGUCCUUGAGCCUUCCAAAUUGUAUUCACCAUUUAGCAAACAAUUAAUAAAAUCAGAUGCACUGGAAAGUUUUGCUUAAGUUAUAUUUUUAUUAUCAUCAUUUCUUCCUUCAAAAUGAGAUCACAAAAUAGAGAUAAGGAAAUCAAAAAGCAAAGCUGUCAG